GCGCGGCGCCCAAUCGCCCCGGAGCACCUGGAGGAGGCAGGUGCAGGCGCGGCCGGCGGCGCCGCAGAGGCUGCUGCAGGCGCGGGAGGCCCGGACGCGGUACGGAAGCCGCCUACUCCGCCGGCUCCUGAUCGCGGGUGCCCACGGCGCGGACAUGGCGGGCUGGUGGCCGGCGUUGUCGCGCGCGGCCCGGCGCCACCCGUGGCCCACCAAUGUGCUGCUCUACGCCGCGCUCUUCUCGUCCGGGGAUGCGCUGCAGCAGCGGCUGCGCGGCGCCCAGAACGACUGGCGCCAGACGCGGCGCGUGGCCACCGUGGUGGUGACCUUCCACGCCAACUUCAACUACGUGUGGCUGAGCCUGCUGGAGCGCGCGCUCCCGGGCCGCGCGCCACGAAUCGUGCUGGCCAAAGUACUGUGCGACCAGGUGGUUGCCGCGCCCAUAGCUGUCUCGGCCUUCUACGCCGGUAUGAGCAUUCUCCAGGGAAAGGAUGACAUAUUUUUGGACCUGAAACAGAAAUUCUGGAAUACCUAUAUGAGCGGACUGCUGUACUGGCCCUUCGUACAGCUGACCAACUUCAGCCUCGUUCCUGUUCAGUGGAGAACGGCUUACUCGGGGCUCUGUUCUUUUCUCUGGGCCAUCUUCCUCUGUUUUUCCCAGCAGAGUGGUGACGGCACAUUCAAGUCAGCUCUUCCCUUUUUUCAUACCAAGGGGAGCAGUGCUAUCAAAGGGUCCCCGGAGAAAUGAGAAUUCAAGGACUCUCUUAAAGGGACCACAUUGUUGACCUAAAAUACACAGGAUUGCUUGCAGACUGAAUACUUGAUUCGUCAAUUAUGUACUUCAUUUGGAGGGAUUACUACCAUUUGUUUUUUAAAUUAUCCAUGAUUAUUUGUGAAUUGUAUUCAUUUUUUUCUGUUCUAGUCCAAAAGCUUUACUUCUCUAAUAUUUUGGUUAAUAUGAAUAAUAGUGGCAAAAUGGCAUUUUAGAAUUAUUAAUAUUUCUAAUAUUUUAAUGCGAGUUUUAGGAAACUUGGUUUUGAUUCUUGACAUUUCUAUUCUAAAAUCUCAGGUUAUCUCCUGAACAUUUUUGGGUCAGAUGAACUUUUCUACCAAAAAAUAGUCCUUAUACUGAAUUUUAAUUUACAUACAACUCAAUCAAAAUGAAGAUUUAAUAACCAGAUUUCUUUCCCCAAAACAUACAUAAUUUGUUGCUAUUUUGAUACUAAAAUGUAGUAAGUACCCUCCCUCCCUCCCUCCCUCCCUCCCUCCCUUCCUUCCUUCCUUCCUUCCUUCCUUCCCUCCUUCCUUCCCUCCCUUCCUCCCUCCCUUUCUUCCUUCCUUCCUUCCUUCUUUCUUCCUUCCUUCUUCCUUUCUUUCUUUUGAGAUGGAGUCUGACUCUUUUGCCCAGGCUGGAGUGCAGUGGCACAAUCUCGGCUCCCUGCAGCCUCCCGGGUUCAAGCUAUUCUCCUGUCUCAGCCUCUGGAGUAGCUGUGGGAUUAUAGGCAUGUGCCACCACACCUGGCUAAUUUUUGUAUUUUUAGUAGAGACAGGGUUUCACCAUUUUGGCCAGGAUGAUCUUGAUCUCCGCCUCCGCCUCCCUCCUAAAGUGCUGGGAUCACAGGCGUGAGCCACCUUGCCUGGCCUUUUUUUUCUUUUUUGAGACAGAGACUUGCUCUGUCGCCCAGACUGGAGUACAGUGGCAUGAUCUCAGCUCACUGCAAGCUCUGCAUCCUGGGUUCAAACAAUUUUUCUGCCUCAUCCUUCAGAGUAGCUGGGGUUACAGGUGCCCACCACCAUGCCCUGCUCAUUUUUGUAUUUUUAGUAGAGAUGGUAUUUUGCCAUGUUGGCCAGGCUGAUCUCAAACUCUGGCCUCAACCGAUCUGCCUGCCUUGGCCUCCCAAAGUGCUGGGGUUACAGGUGUGAGCCACUGCGCCCAGCCCAGUAAGUACAUUUUUUGUUACCAAAAAAAGAGUAGAGUAUGACUAGUGUAUUCUGUAUAGAAUGUAUUCUAUUGAUGUCUUAUAUUUUUAUAAUUUCUGAGUUAAGUACUUUUUAAUUAUUGCUUUUUAGUUUUGAGAAGAUUCAGUUGACUAAAGCACCUCAUUUCCCAGAUACAUGAAAUAAAAUAUUUGGCUUCUUAAGGAAAUACAGUGAAUUCCAGAGGAAGGAAGAAUUCUAAUCAUAAGGUGGCAGGGAAAAUAAAUACCUCAAAUUUCACAUUGAUGUUAUUUUGUGAAAAUCAGUGCUUUAAAUUACAUCUUUAUACUGUAAAGUAAACAUGAGAAACUUGAUCUAAUUAAUAUUUAGUAUUUAUUCAGUUUGUCUAACCUCUACACCAGCAAAUUUUAAAAUUAUGUAACUAUCUCAAGAAGUUUCACUUGGAUGUGAUGGCUCAUACCUGUAAUCCCAGCAUUUUGGAAGGCUGAGGUGGGAGGAUCACUUAAGGCCAGGAGUUCAAGACUAGCCUGGGCAUUAUAGUAACAUCCCAUCUCUAUUUAAAAAAUAAAAAGUUUCAGCAAAUUUCACCUACAAAUUGCACCACAAUUUUGUUGUUUCCAAUGUCUUGUUCCAUGGAUUUCAAGUCGUAAAGCCCUGAACUGUUAAUUUAUCUUGAGAAUUUAUAUUUAAGCUUAAUUUAAGUAUACCUAAAAAUUGAACAUAUAAUUUGUAUAAUUUAUUUAUAUGUUUCUAUAAGUCAUAAGUAUAUAGUUUACAAGUAUAUAAUUUAUCUGAAUGUAAUAGACAAUGAUAUAUUUUACAUUAUUGGGACAAGAGUAAAGAAAUUUCUAAAUGCUUUGUAAAAUAAAUUUUGUUUUUUGCAUUUUGUAAAAGUAGUUAAUACAAUGGAAAAACUGUUUCAUAAUAAUAAGAUGCAUUUGAACAUCAAAAAAUGUACCCAAGGUAAUUAUAAAUACUAUCUGAUAAAACUUUACAUAAGCUGUUUUAUCACUUUUGUGAUGGAAGAACAGUGUUUGCAUUUUGUAUAAAAGUAAUUGGGGCUGGGUGUGGUGGCUUAUAUCUAUAAUCCCAGUGCUUUGGGAGGCCAAGGCAGGUAGAUCGCUUGAGCCCAGGAGUUUGAGACCAACCUAGGCAACAUGACAAGAGCCUGUUUCUCCAAAUCACAAAAAUUAGCCAAGCCUGGUGGUGUUAGCCUGUAGUUCCAGCUACUUGGGAGGCUGAGGUAGGAGAGGAUCUCUCAAGCCUAGGAGGCCAAAGUUGCAUAAAUAAAUGGAUGCAACUGAAUGACAUGAGAUUUCUCUUGAAAGAGCAAAAGAGAUUUUAAUAAUAAUAAUAAGCCUGGGUGUGGUGGCUCACGCUCGUAAUCCCAGCACUUUGGAAGGCCAAGGCAGGUGGAUCCCUUGAGGUUAGGAGUUCAAAACCAGCAUGGACAACGUGGUGAAACCCUAGCUAAUACAAAAAUUAGCCAGAUAUAGUGGCGUGUGCCUUUGGUCUCUGCUACUCAGGUGGUUGAGGCAGGAGAAUCGCUUCAACCUGGGAGGCAAAGGUUGUACUGAGCUGAUAAAUAUAAAAAAUAUUUAAGUACUAACAGAGGAAAAUUUCCACUGACCACCCUUUAGCUUUAAAUAAUAUGCCCAGUUUACUUGUAAUUAAAAAUCAUGCAUCAUUCACAAUUUGUCUUUUUUGUUUGUGCAAAAACUAUCUUUUAUCUGUAUUGUGAUUGAUUUGGUGAGAGGGAAUUAGGCCACUCAAGAGUUUGUGCAUGUUUAAAAUUUUCUGGCCAGGUGGAGUGGCUCACACCUGUAAUCCCAGCACUUUGGGAAGCCAAGAUGGGCAGAUCACUUGUGCUCAGGAGUUUGAGACCAACCUGGACAACAUGGUAAAAACCUAUCUCUACCAAAAAUACAAAAAUUAGCUGGGUGUGGUAGCUUGCACCUGUCCUCCCAGCUGAGGCAGAAGGAUCACUUGAGCCUAGGAGGCGGAGGUUGCAGUGAGCCUUGAUUUUGCCACUGCACUCCAGCUAGGGUGACAGAGCAAGACGCAGUCUCAACAAAAAAGAAAAAAAGAAAGAAUUAACUUUGGUAUUUCAGGUUGUAUUUAAAUAGGGACUUAAUAUCAAUUAUGUUCACUACAAUUGACCAAAUUAAGUGUAAAUAGUCUCUUUAAUAGAUGAUCUGGAAUUGCAGUUUCUAACUCAUACAUCGUUGCUAUAAACCUUAUUUGUUUACUGCUUCUCUUCCAAGGACUAUCAGUCAUCCUUUAAGAUUCACCUGAAGCUAUGAAAAGAUAUUUUUUUUACACGGGCAACUUACUUUGAGUUCAGUAAAAUGUUAUGUGAAUUUCUACAGAACGUUUGCCAAAAUGAAUUAUAUCUAGAAUAUGCUUAACAAUAUAUUCUGGAGGCAGCUUUCAUUUGAAAUUAGGUUCAUCUUCUGAGAGUAUUAAAAAGUUAAUGGGUUUUUGUGGCUGAAGAUUUUGACAUUGCAUUUGGCUACAUUUAAUUCAGUUUCACCCAUAAGGUUUAGCAUCUAAAGGAAUUAAAUCACUGCUAAUGUAAUUAAAAUGAUUGAAAAUGUUUCUUUUAAUACUUUCCACAGCUGAUACAUGAAAAGGGAAAUCUGGGGUUUAAAGAUAAAGUGUGUGCUGGAGUUGAAAGGUUAGGAACUGUGAAGAUCUGUGAACUGUAGCCAACUGAGCGCAUAGAAGGCAGUAAUUACUAACUGAGGCAUGUUUUUGGUAUAUAUCAAGUGAAAACGUCUUUUCCUUGUUCUCUUCUGCUUUGUGUGUCCUUCUCUUAACUGCGUCUUUAUUCAUCCAUGUCUUCAUUCCUCUUUCUUUGUCCACAACCCAACAAACCCACUGCUCUCUGCUCUCACUCCCUGUCUGUGCCAUGACCACUCAAACAUUCCCGGAGGGCAGAAUAAUUGUAAUGAGGGUAAGGGCCAGGGCACUUAAGGACUCAACAGCCUUGCUUUAGAGAGGAUGGUAGCAGAGGAUCCUCUCUGGUGUCUGGGAGAAGAACAGGAGGAAUGACCAUCCCAGGAUGAAUUUAUUUGUAUUUUUGAGAUGGAGUCUCACUCUGUCGCCCAGGCUGCAGUGCAAUGGGAUGAUCUUGGCUCACUGCAACCUCUGCCUCCUGAGUUCCAGCAAUUCUCCUGCCUCAGCCUCCCAAGUAGCUGGGACUACAAAUGUGCGCCACCAUACCCAGCUAAUUUUUGUAUUUGUAGUAGAGAUGGGAUUUCACCAUGUUGCCCAGGCUGGUCUCGAAUGCCUGACCCCUAGUGAUCUGUCCAUCUCAGCCUCCCAAAGGGCUAGGAUUACAAGCAUGAGCCAUCAUGCCCAGCCUAGGAAGAAUUUUGAACUGAGUAAAUAUCAGGUGCCUCUUUCUUUUCUGAGACCCUAUAUCUUCCAAAUUAGUUCUUACUUUCUUCCCCUCACCCUUCAAAACUUCAGUUUUUUCAUCUUGCUGAUUUUAGCUAUGUGCUAGAAAAGUAGGUUUGGGCACAAUGGCUCACACCUAUAAUCCUAGCACUUUGGGAGGCUGAGGUGUGAGGAUCACUUGAGGCCAGGCACUGAAGACCAGCCUGGGAAACACAGUGAGACCCUAUCUCUACUACAGCAACAACAAAUUAGCUGGGUGUGAUGUCAUGCACAAAUAUUCCUGAGUACUCGGGAGGCUGAGGCGGGAAGAUCACUUGAGGCUGGGAAGCUGCAUUGAGCUGUGAUUUUGCCAUUUGGGUGACAGAGCAAGACCCUGUCUCAAAAAAGUAGGUUCAGUAAGCUAAUUUACUGAGAUGCAGAAAACAGCUUUUUUGAGUUUUUAUUUUAUAUUUUAUCUAUUUUUAUUGCUUUUUGAGACAGAGUCUCGCUCUGUCACCCAGGCCGGAGUGCAGUGAUGUGAUAUCGGCUCACUGCCAUCACCACCUCCCAGGUUUAAGCAGUUCUCCCUGCCUCAGUCUCCAGAAUAGCUGGGAUUACAGGUGCCAGCUCCCACGCCCGGCUAAUUUUUGUAUUUUUAGUAGAUACGGGAUUUCAUCAUGUUGGCCAGGCUGGUUUCAAACUCCUGACCUCAGGUAAUCCACCCACCUCAGCCCUCCCAAAGUCCUGGGAUUACAGGCGUGAGCCAUGGAGCCUGGCCUUGAUCUGUUAUUUUCUAAUCUUCAUAUUUACAUCGGUGCCCUGUUUCUCUGAGCCACAGGCCACAAUGUCCUUUUCAUAUUCUAGGUAGAAAGUAUUGUAAAAGCAAUACCAACGAUUGCAUCUUUAAGUUUAAAUUUCAUGUAGACAUAUAUUAAAAUUUUGAUGUCAUAUGAUUUUGUGUGUAUGAAAAUAAAUGAAUCUUAGUUAAAUACAACAAA